AUGAGUGAAAUUGACUUAAAAGGUGAUGUAUCACCACCAGAAAAACUCCAAGGAUUUGAAUGGUGGAGGCGUUCACUUUCAUAUAGAACUGGUUUGGGAUUGACUCCUGAAGAAAAAAAACAAUUUGAAAUCGAUUUUUUCCAUAAACAAGUACCUAAGAAAUGUGAAGAUUGUGUGAAGAAUAGAAAUUGGGUUUUGAAUUAUUCACCUUCUGUAAGAUUUAUGAUGGAUCAUGUGAAUAAGUUGGGAGGAAACAUAAAUAUCAAUAACAUUAAAUGUGAACCUUGUGAUGAUUUGAAAGGAGGAGGUUUCCAUCCUGAAUUAGGUAUAUUAUUAUGUGCUAAUUGGAUUAAAGAUAAGUAUAACUUAGAAGAUAUUUUGACUCAUGAAUUAAUCCAUGCCUAUGAUCAUUUGAAAUUCAAUGUUGACUUGAAUAAUCUUAAACAUCAUGCUUGUACAGAAAUCAGAGCUUCAAUGUUGAGUGGAGAAUGUAGAAUAUUCAGUGAGAUUAAAAGAACAGGAUUGUCAAAUUUCGAUAAAAAGUUUCAAUCUUGUAUAAAAAGAAGAGCUAUAUUGAGUGUGACAGCUAAUCCUAACUGUAAAGAUAAAGAAGAAGCUGAAAGAGUGGUAAAUUCAGUAUGGACUUCAUGUUUUAAUGAUACCAGACCAUUUGAAAGAGUUUAUCGAUAA